GGCCGCAUCGAGUCAUCUGCCUGUGAAUGUGAUGUCAUUUGAGGUCACGAUCAUUUGAGCAAUACGUAGUCGUACACGGAUAUAACCAGCAAACAACAUCUUAUAUCAACGUUGCAGAAGUUAUGGCUUCAAAACUACCAACAGAGGUCAUCUCCCACUUGAUGAGCUUCCUCAGUGUGUCGGACCGUAAGGAGGCUGCAUUGGUCAACACAGCAUGGUACGAGGCAUCUAUGGAUCCAGCUCUACAGAGGGACAUGGUGGUCAACUUCUCGGACAGUAAUGUAACCAACUGCCACACGAGGAGAAAACUGACCCACCUGUUGUUGAACCAUAUCGACAACUCUACCUCUUCCGUAAAUGAGAUGGUCAAGUUCUUUGAGUACAUGAGCGAAAGUCUGAUAAACCUGUCUCUCAAGGGCUCCAACAUUACUGAAGGAACAUUUGUGAAGCUUCUAUCGCUGUGCAAGAAUCUGACCGUUCUCGACCUGACAAGCUGUAAUUCUUUGUUUAUGUCAGGCAACCUCCUUGACCGCAAGUCAGAUGUCCAAAGCCUCAAAGAGUCUCUGCAGCAUGUUAAGAAGUUGAACUUGGCUUCAGUAAGAUUUCUGUCUGAUGUAAGCUUCAAUAGAAUCUUAUCAGUGUGUCCAAAUGUUGAGGAACUGUCUCUUGCUCAUGCUCAGAUAACAUUCAACAGUUCAACCUACUACCCCCAGGGAAGUAAGGUCGGGACCAACUCAGCUGUUCUUACCUUCCAUAACGUCCUGGAUUUUGUUGACAGACAGGGGCCAAAACUGAAGUCACUGAACCUAAGCCGGACCACCAUUGCCAACUGCCAUCUCUCCGAGUUAGCCAGGUGUCAGAACAUCGCUUUAGAGGAACUUAUCCUUGUUGGCUGUCGAGAGAUCACCGACUCUGGCCUUGGUCAGUUUUGUCGCCAACAGAAGAGUCUACAGAGGCUGGACAUCAGCAGUUGCACUGACAUCACCGACAGUGGCAUUGCUGCCGUGGCAACCAACCUGACCCAGCUGCGAUCAUUUAAGGCCAACAAAUGCAGGCAGAUGACUGACAAUUCUGUGAAACUGUUCAAGUACAUGUCUCUCCUGGAAAGUCUGGACCUCUCUGAGUGUUACGAGCUGUUCAGCCAGGGGAUGAUUCAGGGGCUGUGUAGUGGGAUACAGAGUAAGCUCACCCACCUCAACCUUAGCUGCUGCACUGCCCUAACUGACUACUUUGUUGUGGAACUUACAAAAACUGUGCCCAGUUUGGUUCACCUUGACCUUGGCUCUCUGUUCAAUAUCACUGACAUCAGUGUCCACGCGGUCUCCAAGAGGCUGAAGCAUCUGCGAUACUUGCGACUUGCAUGGUGUAAGGAAUUAUCAGACAAGGGUCUGCUGGGGCUCGAGGAACUGGAUGACUCUAAGUACGAGACUCAUGUUCUUGAUGGUCAUAAUGGACAAUGCCGCUGCACUCGCAGACAUUCAGAACAAGGCUCCAACAUUUUCAAGAAGCCAUCUGGUAGUGGUGGGAAGGACAAGAAGAUGUCUAUUGGCGAUCUGGAGGCCAUGGUGAAGAAUGGGGGAGAGCUCUACAGCCUCAGCAACUUGUCAGGUCUCCGAACCUUGGACCUGACAUCCUGCUCCAAAUUCACAGACCUUGGUCUGAAAGAAGCAAUAAAAUUCAAGGAACUUAAGAGCUUAUCCCUUGGCAUGGUACAUGGGAUGACCAAUGAGAGCCUUGUUGCCAUAGCCCGUAACAAUCCAAGCCUGGAGGAAGUCCACCUGAAUCAGUGUAUAAACAUCACUGAUGCAGCAGUAGAAGCUUUGACAAGUAAGUGUCCACGAUUGGCCCACCUGGAUGUGUCUAGCUGUGACAGAUUGACCAAUCACACUCUGUAUUAUGUCGAGACCAACUGUCAUCGUCUGCGUCAUCUUGAUGUAUCCUACUGUAGCGGAUUGACCCCGGAGGCUGUGGACAAGCUGGAGGGCAGCAUGAAAGGCCUGCAUACAGUGCACAAGAGGCUGGUCGGAAGUACCGGCACACGCUAACAGGGUAUCAGGAACUGCCUGUGACAGGUUCUGAUGUCUUUCCAUCUUCAGACAAUACUGCACCUCUUCUAAAGCUGUGAGAGUGCUGUUGGAUGUUGUUAAUGUUUAACUUGACAAGAGACUCUCGGAAAUUGUACUGUUUGGAUGUUAUGCUGAGUUUUAAGGGAAUUUUGUUUGUUUCUGUUUAUGCAACAUAUCUGCGACACUACAGGAAUAUACAAUUCUGAAUUUGAUUGUAUGAGAGUUAAAUUAUCCAGCACAAUUACUGUCAUGUUAUCUGACAUCUUGGAUGUGUAGCUAUGUCAUACAGGGCUUCAGACUGAUGUAUGUUUUGGUCAGUGUUGCCAAGUGACCUAUUACAUAUGAAACCGAUGAUAAAAUAUUUAGCACAUGGGAACCGUCUUUUCCUUAAAUCAUGUGUCAUUUGUUUCCAGGGACAAGUGACAAGCCAUCUGGCACACUAGUCCUAGAAAUGAUAAAGAUUUUCUGUUUGACGUUAAUCAUCUGUAGCUAACUAUGGGUUGUUAUAAUCUGAUAUAACUUGAAGUGAUAUAGUUCUGUUUUUUUGGUUAUCGAAAUCUGUGUAUGAUAAUAGCAAUAUAUACAUUACCAGUCAUAUGUACUGGAAUUCUUUGGAAGACUCAUUGUAUUGAGAGGCAUAUCAGGAGAUAGACGAUAUGCAGUACACAUUAUAUAGCCUUAUAGCAAUUGUAUAUAGGAUGUAUUUAACGAAAUGUCCUUCAGCAUUCUCAAUUCUUCAAUUUCCCAAGAUUAUUGAAACAGGAUCAUUUUUGUUAAAGUUAUGCAAAUGGUCCUGGAAAUUUGGUGUAUUGUCCCAAGUGAGUAAGUGAGGUUAGUUUUACACCACACUCAGCAAUAUUCCAGCUAUUUGCGGCAGUCUGUAAAUAAUCGAAGUCUAGACCAGACAAUCCAGUGAUCAACAGCAUGAGCAUCGAUUUGAGCAAUGGGGAACCAAUGACGUGUCAACCAAGUCAGCGAGCCUGACCACCCGAUCCUGUUAGUCGGUAUUGUUCCAAGAAAUACACUGAACUUGUUGAUUUAAUGGUACUCUUGAAGUUUGCCUGUCAAGAGUGUUAUCAAGUUUCUGGAUCCACGUUCUAGCUUCUAUGUCAUUUAUACUGCCAGUGUAACACAUGACAGAUUGUAUGAUGCUUAUUGUGACAUGUGAGAAGCAUUAUGUGAUGGUUAUUCAUAUUUACUUUUUGUUGUUUUACCACAAUUGCUGUGAUACAUAUGAAUUUUACCACAGUGUUUACACCAUGCUGCUGCUGAUGAUGAUGAUGAAGCAACUAUGGAUUAGUAUUGUCACAGAAAACACAGUGAUGCAGGUGCAAUUGAUGAUGAUGAUGAAGCAAUUCCAAAUCAGUAUCAUCACAGGAAUGCAGUGAUGCAAAUGUAAUUGAUGAUGAUGAUGAUAAAGCAAUUCCAAAUCAGUAUCAUCACAGGAAUGCAGUGAUGCAGGUGCAAUUGAUGAUGAUGAUGAUAAUGAUAAUGAUGAUGCAGUUGCAACAGCCACUCUGAUCAGAAGCGAUGAGUUUACAAUUCCAUUAUAGCCAAGUGAGGUCUGCGGGUUAUUAUAUUAACCUCACUUGACACGGCAUUUUGUCUUUUGGAAAUUAAGUAGUCAUAAAAUCACAUGUAUUCUUUACCAUAAUGAGUUUAAUAUUUCAGAGCACCGGUGAAUUAUGUCAUGUGUAUUUUCUCACCCAUGAAACACUGUUAUCAUUAAUGAAUGUUUCAGCCCAUAUGAACAAAAUGUCUGUAUGUUUAGGCCAGACCAAUUUUAUUUCUUGUUUUACAGAUUUUUGUCCUUAGAAAACCUAUAGGCAGGAGGUAAAAAGGAAUAAAUAAAAUAAUCACCAAAAUACUAUUCCAUUUAAAUGCUAAAAGUAAAUUAAUUUUGGCAAUUAAUGAAGUGUAUAGAAUAGAAUAGAAUAAUACCUAAAUGCCUUUUCAGGAAUUUGUGUUACAUCAGCAGAGCUACUGACACAUUAGAGAGAUACCAAA